CCUAUAUUUUGACCUCUUAUCAUCCUAAACAUACGCCGCAUAAAUUAAAGAAAAAGAAUCACACCUCUCUUCUUUAUAUAACCCCAAAAUUAGCUAUGUUAUUAUCACUCGUACAUUUAUUAAAAUUGUGAGAAAAUCUCUCUUUAAUCCUACCAUUUUUCAAAUCAGUGGACAUUCAUUCAAUAUGUUUUUGCUAUAAAUACCUUCAAAAUUUAAUUCACUUUUUAUUAUUUUGGUUUUUCUUCUCUCGAAAAACAAACCAAGCUCUAUAAAUCUAUAAUCUCACAUGAUGUUACUUUGUCUCUCUGUUUUUCUUUCCAAUGUGAGAUAAAUCAACAACCCUUUUAAAUAAGAAACACAAACACCCCAUUUUGAUUUAUUUUUUCCCUUCGAAAUCUUCAUUUCUUUCUUUAAAAAAAAUGAUCUUUUUCUUUUUCUUUCACCUAUAAAUUGAGGAGUGAAACCUGAUUUUUUUGGAAUGAAACCUGAUUCUUUUUCUUUCACCUAUAAAUUGAGGAGUGAAACCUGAUUUUCUCUCUGUUUUUCUUUCCAAUGUGAGAUAAAUCAACAACCCUUUUAAAUAAGAAACACAAACACCCCAUUUUGAUUUAUUUUUUCCCUUCGAAAUCUUCAUUUCUUUCUUUAAAAAAAAAUGAUCUUUUUCUUUUUCUUUCACCUAUAAAUUGAGGAGUGAAACCUGAUUUUUUUGGAACCUUCGUCCCCAAUUUACACGUUUUUUUCAUUUUUCAUAAUUAAUUUUCUUUAAAAUAAAAUCUACUCCCUUUUAUUUUCUUUCAAUUGCGUAUUUCAUCAUCUGGGUAUUACUGAUAAACCUGAAAUUAGUUAUUUUAAUAUUUGGGUAUUGUCAAAAAUCUAAAAAUUUUAACUGGGUAUUGCUCAAAACACUCAAAGAUUCAAUCUUGUUUAAAAAUAAAAUAAAUAAAUACAUAUAAUAAUGGGGAAAGGUUUAGAAGGAUGGUCAGUGAGGCAUUUAUUAAUGGUGUCAGUAGCUUUGAAUGUAUGGUUAGUGCUAAAGUUAGCGUAUUAUGAUGGAAAUACCAAUUUUGCUACUGAAAGGAUCUUUAACGGAUUUUGUGCAAAUGAAAAGCUUCAUAAACAAUCUCCUUUUACUUCUUCUUCAUCUUCUUCACUGGCGGUUGCUGCAGGAGAGAAGAAAGCUAUUACUGUUGAUGAUGGAAGAGUUAUUAACCUUGAUCAUGGCGAUCCGACAAUGUAUGAGAGGUAUUGGCAACAAGCGGGAGACAAAACAUCACUUUUGAUCUCGGGAUGGCAUUCUAUGAGUUAUUUUUCUGAUAUCAAGAACCUUUGUUGGUUUCUAGAACCACAAUUCGCAAAGGAGGUUAUACGAUUGCAUGAUAUUGUAGGAAAUGCUGUCACAAAGGACCGGCACAUUGUGGUUGGCACUGGCUCAACACAGCUGUUCCAGGCUGCAUUAUAUGCUCUCUCAUCACCUGGAGGGACAAAGCCAAUAAGCGUGGUUUCUUCUACACCGUAUUACUCUUUUUACCGCCAAGUGGUCGAGUAUCUGAAGUCUGGGCUCUACACAUGGGCUGGUGAUGCAGCCAUUUUCGAUAAAGAUGAGCCUUACAUUGAGCUGAUCACUUCUCCUAACAAUCCAGAUGGGUUUAUGAGACAACCUAUUGUCAAUCGAAGUGGAGGGAUGUUGAUUCAUGACUUUGCUUAUUACUGGCCACAGUACACUCCUAUCACUUCACCAGCUGAUCAUGAAAUUAUGUUGUUCACUGUCUCUAAAACCACUGGACAUGCUGGAAUGCGUAUUGGCUGGGCUAUUGUCAAGGAUAAAGAAGUAGCUAAAAGAAUGACCAAGUUCAUAGAGUUAAAUAGCAUAGGAGUUUCCAAGGAUUCACAGCUUCGAGCAGCAAAAAUUUUGCAGGCUGUCUCGGAUAGCUGUGAGCCUGCUGGUGAUAGCCGGAACUUUUUUGAGACCAGCUAUCAUCAUGUAGCACAUAGAUGGCAGCAGUUGAGAAAGGCAGUGGAAGAGAGCAGGCUUUUCAGUACUCCUGAGUUCCCAGCUGCUUUCUGCAAUUACACUGGUCGAUUGUUUAGUACCCAACCUGCCUUUGCAUGGUUGAAGUGCAAAGAUGAGAUUGAAAACUGUGAAGACUUCCUCCGAAGCCACAAGAUUUUGACAAGAAGUGGAAAACAUUUCGGCAUGAGCCUCAAAUUUGUGAGGAUAAGCAUGUUAGACCGAGACUCAAAUUUUGAUCUAUUUAUUAAGAGGUUGUCAGAAAUGCGCUUAUGAAUCUGAGAAUUGAUUUCCAGGGAGAGGAAGAGAAGAAUCUCCAGACUUAGUAUAUUAGCAAAAAUUGACCUUCAAGAACACUUUCUAACAUGUAUCUCUGUUUUAGGGCUCUUAAGCCUUGAAACUCAUAUAGCUUCUAGUAAAGUUAUAAUAUUCCUAGAGAAUUUUUUUAGGUACAUGGGAUAUAAGAGUAAAUGUAGGUUGUAGGACUACUGGAUUGGGUUGUGAGUUUAUACCCUUUGAACUGCAGUAAACAGAAAUAUGCAGGAUGAAUAUACACAAAUAAUUUGCAUGCCAUAGAUAAGGCGGCAUAUAUUGCAUUACACAAGCACAUCUCUCACCUUGGUCGAGCGUUUGAAUAUGAAGCUUGCUGUCACUCUUGCUUGGAUUUGUAGUCACAAAAAUCUUUUAUAUGUUUAGCAGGCCAAUACAGUAUAAAUUGAGCAUAUUGUACAAUAAAAAUGAGCAUAUGUUUAUACUUG